CGCAAAUCUGGGCUUUCCUAUGCAAAACCAAACAUGCGUGCGCACCCCCACAUAUGGUUGUUUAUAGCAUUAGCCGAUGCUAGCCUCUUACGGAGCCGCUGAAACCUCUCCAAUGGAUAGUUAUACACAUCUCCAUUGUCGAUCGUCGACUUCAGAUGACUUUUUGUCUUGAGAUGGUUUUGGAGAAGGUGAUAAGGUGCACGAUCGACGUGCAAAAAUACCAGACUGUAUACAAAUGAUUCGCGUCCCGUCGCACAGUUCCACCGGACCGCUGUUCUGCCAAACACCUGAGCUGCGCUCCUAAUAAAGGUUUCAGCUGACACAGAGGAGGACUGGAAUCUGGAGUCCAUUCACGAGCGGCCACAUUCAAAAUAACAAUUAACUUGAGAGUAUCGGACACACCGCCGCCAUUAAAGUUUUUUCCCCCGCAUAUAACGUUAAGUUACCCGCUGACGCAUCAGAGUGGAAGACCGCAGGUUACAUCGUCUUUGCUUAGGAAUUGAUGGAGAGCUGCGCAUAUCGGACACACCGCCGCCAUUAACGGUUUCCCCCCACAUAUUACCCACUGACUCAUCAGAGACUGCAGGUUACACCAUCUUUGCUUAGGAAUUGAUAGAAGAGCUGCGCAUAUCGGACACACCGCUGCCAUUAACGUUUUUUUGCCCGCAUAUAACGUUACCUGCUGACGCAUCACAGUACGUUGCACACUCGUGAGGGAUGGAUUCAAGAAAAACACUCCUCUCUGGGGCUGCCAUGAGAUGGAGAGCGCGUAGAGAUGUUCAGAAACGGCUUCAACAUAUUAGGGAUAUGCACAGUGAAAGUUUUGCUUCUCAAUGUUGUAGUGGGGAAAAUGUAGUGGAAGGACAUCCUGGAUGUAGGGAAAGACUAGCAGAGACAGUCUUGGAGAAUAUGCAGGGUGACAUGGAAGAGAGAGAGGAAAUUGGAAAUGAACAGAUGAUAGAGGAGGAGAUUGGAGAGGAGGAAACCUCAAAUGAGCAGUCCUUUAGGAUGGAUCAGUCUGGAUCUGAGGAGGAGUCUAACUCAGACCAAGAUUCUGAUGAAUCAGAGCAGACCUGUAACUUUGGUGAUAGUCUACGCAACUGGGCAUUAACCUUUGGAGUUUCCCUGGUGGCUCUUACAGCUCUUCUUGGCCUGCUGAGACUCUAUCACCCUGACCUGCCAAAGGAUGCCAGAACCCUCCUUAAGACAACAACCACAUAUAGCAUAGAAAGAAAAUGUGAAGGGCUGUAUUAUUAUAUUGGCAUCCUGUCCUCCUUUAAGCAGAAGCUACAACAGGCAUUUGAGUCAUUUGCAGAUGGCUGCACACUAAAACUCCAAAUCAAUAUAGACGGAUUGCCCUUAUUCAAGAGUAGUGGGAUUCAAGUGUGGCCAAUCUUAGGAUGUUUACUUAGUUUUCCAAUUAAAGAACCUGUUGUGAUUGCAUUGUUCUGUGGACCACAUAAACCAAAGACAGCUGAGGUCUUUUUGGAAGAUUUUGUUUCUGAGUUGAAAGAGUUGGAGAGCGGUAUUGACUUCGAGGGCAAAAAGAUUUUUGUUAAGUUAGAUUCUGUCAUAUGUGAUACGCCUGCCCGAGCUUUUAUAAAAAACAUUAAGAGUCACAAUGGAUAUUUUGGAUGUGAUAAAUGUGGCCAGAAAGGAGAGUAUCUGUCUGGCAGAAUGACCUUUCCCUUAGUCUCUUUCCCACUCAGGACAGAUGAAUCCUUUGCCCAAAAACAUAAUGAAGAACAUCACCUGGGCCCUAACCCUUUCCAGGGGUUGAAUGUAGGGAUGGUAUCUCAGUUUCCAGGUGAUUAUAUGCAUUCUGUUUGUUUAGGUGUCGUUAGGAAGCUUCUGAACAUUUGGCUUAGAGGAGCUCUCAGAUUCCGUUUACCUGCUUCGAUUGUUGACCGGAUGUCUGACAGUUUAACAGGCUUGCGCAACUACAUUCCUUUGGAAUUUGCAAGAAAACCCAGAACCUUGAGGGACAUUGACAGGUGGAAGGCAACAGAAUUAAGGAUGUUUUUGUUGUACAUCGGACCUGUCAUUCUGCCUUCAUACUUGGACACAAAUAUUUACAAAAAUUUUAUGCUGCUGUUUUCCAGCAUUGCCAUUUUAGUCAGCCCAACCUUGUCCUUGAUUCACUGGCAGUAUGCUGAAAGAUUGCUCCAUAUGUUUGUGACACAUUUUGGCGAAAUAUAUGGCAAGGAGGCACUUGUGUACAAUGUGCAUUCACUAGUACACUUAGCCCAAGAUGUGAGACAGCAUGGUUGUCUUGACAAUAUUUCAGCUUUUCCGUAUGAGAACCACUUGCAGAAACUCAAGAAACUUGUCAGAAAACCCCAACGCCCCCUUGCCCAAAUGGUACGUCGAUUGUCUGAGCAAAAUCAACAGAAUCAAAUCAUUGACAAAACACUGGUCUCUUUGAAAAAGCCACAUUUUGUUGGACCGGUUCCAAAUGAGCUUGCCUCUAGAAAGGUUAAAGGGCAGUACAGCCAAAUGGUUUCUAACAAGUGGACUAUCAAAGUCUCAACAGGAAACAAUAUAUUUGCCAUUGCUGGUGAUAUUUGUCAGAUUGACAAUAUUGUUGAGUGUCAUGAUGGGAUCUACUUGGUUUAUAGAAGGUUUUCUGAUAAGUCCAUCUUCUUUACCUAUCCAUUCAGUUCAGACUUUCUGAAUAUCUACAGUGUCUCUCAAUUAUCAGAACAAUACAUGUAUGCCAACAUUUGUGCAGUUGCAUAUAAAUGUGUAUUACUCCCCCAUCAAAGAGGUUUUGUAUCCAUACCAAUUCUACAUUCUGUGAAACAAUAAAGUAGUUGGCUUGAAUUAUUUAGUAGGAUCAGUUGUUUGAUCAAUUGUUGUUUUAAAUUUUUUUGGUUGGAUGUUACUACAGCUGAUAGUCUGAUCUUAGUAGUUGUUAGAUUUGAGUUUUAAGCAUCUUCAUCUACAUUACGUCAAUUCUUUUAUGCACAUGUAAGUACACUUUCAUGACACCAGUAAAAUGUAUUUUGUUAAUAAACAUGCAUACACAACAGACACACCAGCAAUAUACAGUGUUUAUGAAAAGUAUUCACCAUCCAUUGGCUAAAGAAUGCUUUUUUUCAGGCACCAUAAAUGGCUAAUCUCUCUCUCUCUCUCUCUCUCUCUCUCUCUCUCUCUCUUUCUCUCUCUCUCUCUCUCUCUCUCUCUCUCUCUCUCUC